CAUGACGUAUUUUCCCCGCCAUCAUUUCCAUCCCGUUCAGCGCGCAUCGUCCCUUCCUCAAGUUACCGGGGGAGAGAAACAGGCUCUCAGCACUAUGAGCGUCGACGUCUCCAGGAAAGAUGACUUUGAAGCUCUUAUUGACCUCUUGGCAAUUGAUGAUGAUGGGAACGGUUUUGAUCUUACUUCGCAACCCCACAAGUACACCGCUCAGCCUACCCAAAACAUUGUUUUCGCCACAGUGGGCUCGAAUUUGCGCAUCUCACCUGAACCUCCAAGAGAUCCCUCCGCCGAACUGUCACUUGAUGCCGAUCUCUCGAGUAACGAACUCCCUCCAUUCUAUCGUGAUGAGGAGUUAGUGGUUCGAAAUACGUUUCGUCACUCGACGCCAGCAGCAGAUCAUCUUGUCGGUAAAGAAUUUGGCGCUCAAGAACAGCCCGCACCAUCCGCGUCAACCCAAGCGCAUAACAUCAUCCAGAGUCCAGAGCCCGAUGAACUCGACAUCCCAUCGUUCCCCCCAAUCUCACCCGUUUUGCGUUCGGUUCGUUCGACCAAUAACAUCAAGUUACCCUCUAGGCAGAACUCUGCCCCUUCCUUCACGCAUCCACCUCUCAACAUUAUCCCGCCUCCUCCUGUUGAACUCCUCCCCGUAUCUCCAUUCCUUCUUUCCCCUAGCCUACAUUCUGUUGGUACGCGGUCACCUACCACACCUAAUCAUGCCACCAUCGGCAUACGAGAUGCAUCGAAAUCCCCGUUCUUUGUCGGUCACCAGUUCACACCUCGUGAUGGAGACCUGGAAGAAGAUGUCGUUGUGAUGAAAUCAAAGCCAACAAGUAACGCUGACUCGACCACCCCCGUCAGCAUUCAUGGGACUCCAUUAAGGAUCGCUCUGGUUAUUGGGGAAGAUGAGCUCGAGGAACGGGAACAAGUCAGUCAGGCAGCUGUUUCCACUGAAAUACAGCCAGUGUACCACAGGACUCGACCAUCACGCUCUAAGCCGGCGGCUUUGCAGCAGCUUACUUCGCAACUACAAACUGCGCGAGCAGAAGUCAAGACUUUGCGGAAGGAAUGCGAGGAACUUCUUCAGCAGGCAGAAGCGAUGCCUCCUUUGAAUUCGAAUAUGGCUGAGGGGACUCCCUUAAGAGAGGCUGGUCACCUGCCUAGGACUCCCUCCGAGUCCGAUGCACUGAGCGAGCAGGAGCAGGAGUUCCCCGCCGCUCGUUCUACUACGCCGGGGCCGGGGCCGAGUCCAGUGGAACCGCAAGUUACUUCAAGUUCUCCUUCUCCCCGGGUAAGAUCGACUUCGGUUCCUUCAACUGGAACCAGUUUUUUGCUUAACCACCGCCCUCAUCAAGCACAAACUCAAGCCGAAGCUCAAGCUGAAGCGCAAACCCCCCAGCCGCUGCCACCGGCCACCGUCGCGCCACCUGAGAUAGAUGGCAUGUCUGGGGAAGAUGCAAAGGUCGCUUUGAAGGUUUGGUUCACGCUAUCUCCUCGAACGCCUCGAAUCGGCUAAUUUAUCUGUCCUUACCUAGUUCACAAUCUACCGAUGGCGGGAGGCUCCCUCUUCACGUUCACCUUCAACACCGAUUAAACAACCAUACAGUCAUAUUAAUCCUAUACCACGCACAACACCAACGGAUCAGAAGACCCC